UAUCAGAACUCAUGUAAUGCCACCAUUAACGGUUGAAUUUUCAUUGAAAAGGAAAAGCGAAUGGCUAUGGCUAUGGCUUCUCCGUUCACAAAUUCAGCAGGCGUAACAAGAGGCAGAGAUGAAGUGUACGUGGCGGCAGUGCCAUUAAGAGCCACAAAGGGACCUGCCCAGUUACUCAUGUCUGCAGCUUACUCUCUCAGUUUAUGGGAUUUGCAGCACUUCAUGGUCAUCAUCAAACCCUCCUCACCUCCUCCUCCCCAGGUGUUUGUUUUCGAUUUUCAACCAAAAGAUCCUGAAAAUAUAUAUACAGCACUUGAAGUUCUAUCUGGUAGAGCAAUACCUGGAACUAUUCUUGUAAGAAAGUUGACAAAACUGCCAAGAAACAAAUGUUGGCUUGUUGGAUCUUCCAAUUCAGAUGCUAUUGAUGUAGCAAUUAAUUUCAACCAAAAUUGGGAAACUGAUUUGAGAGUUGGCCAUCAUGACUGUCGAGAUUAUACUAAUGGAUUGGUUGAGCAUCUCACUGGCAAAAAAUAUGUGUUGCAGUACCUGAGAAGCAUUGGUGGUCAGAGUUAAACCAUCUAUUCAAUUGGCUUCUUGAUCAUAAACAACGCUUCUUUUCUUUCUAUUAGCAGUUGUACAUGAGCAAAAUUUCUGCUGUCAAAAUAUGUUUUGUAUCACUAUGAUGUUGUAUAUGGAGUCCUGUCUUGCAUGUCCAAGCUACCCAGACUUGCUAAUUUUCAACAAAUUCUUAUUCUUUUUAGCAGUACAAUUGUAUUCUUAUUAUAUGGUAAAAACAUUAUCAUUCAGGUACUUUUGUCAGUUUAAGCACUUUCGAACUCGCAGGAAAUUAAUCAGCAAGACAUUACAGAGGUACUAAUAAUGAGGGGGAAUAUGAAUCCUGUGAAGAUCUAGUCUGGUGCAGAAUUUCUGGUUGCUGAGUUAUAUUAAGCUGUUCUUAAGAUAAU